AUGGAGACCGCUAAGAACGCCGCAAACUACGCGAAGGAGACCGUCCAGGGAACUGGAGCCGAGGCCUCCAAGGAGACCAACAAGAAUGUUGCUAAGGACUCUGAUGCUGGCUUGGGUACCCGAGCAAGCGCUGCAAAGGAUGCCCUCGUGGACAAGAAAGAUGAAAAGUCUCAUGAGACCAAGGCUGAUGUUCAUAAAGAAGCCGCUAAACACUAA